UAAGGCUGCAAAUACAUCAAGAAGAUUAUGUGCAUAACAAUCAUCAUUGGGCUGACCUAGGAGCAGGAUGCACCUGGUAUUUAACAUAUAUACAUUUACUGUUAACGUUAAAUUGUUCUGCUUUAUAGUCAGUCACCCACUUUUGCUGAACAAGGGAGAACUAAGACAAUAAUGCCUUGUACAAAGCAAACGAGGCAGUAUAGGAACAUUUGCAAACAGCUUUGCAUUUCUCUUGCAUCUUCACUAGCUGAAGCAGUUUCCAAAGCCUAGAUAAAACCCUGAGCAGGGCUGUACUAUAUUCAGAAAGAUUUUGCCUGUUCUUGAAAGCUGGUUCUACUUUCCAUCCACCAAGUCUCUUUCAUUCUUACACUGCCUCUUUUCUGUUACGUGGCACUGUAUCUCAGCCUUAACUGCAAUCGAGAACCACAGAUUAUAAUGUUAAUGUUGGUGAUGUUUGCAACCAGAAGUGUAAAUAAUGAUUUUUAAAUCUGGAAAUAGCUAGAGGCUGAAUGCAGGCAUGCCCACGGUACAUAGGUACCAGCUCACAGCUCCCACCACAAACUGCUGAUAGGGGGCUUCCCUGGCACUCACAGAAGUUCUCUGCAGACAGCAGAAAUCCGUCCAGUGAUUUCUCUGUACUAUAUAGCAGGUUAUAUUUUUCUCUUCUCAAUGGCUUUUGGCUUUGAAAAAUGAAUGGGACAGAUAUGAUACUUUUUUGGCUUCAGGAUUGCAAACUAGUUGUGCUCCAGUUGUCCAUCUUCUUUUAUUAGUUCAAAGACACUAGUGCUGGGGCUAGGAGAGUCUCAUAUUUAGCCCUCACGUGGAAGACAUUCCAUGCAUUUGGGGAAUUUCUUGCUCCUGAGUUUGAUCUGGUUGGGCAAGUAUGGCAAUGGAAGUUUUACUGCACUUCUCAUCACAAACAGGAGAAUAAGAGAGUGAUUCUGUUCUUUUAGUGUUCAUAAGCACGGAAGAGAUGGAAUACAAUAUAGAUACUUUAAUUUGACUUGUCAAUGAUGAACUCUACGAUUUUACUUUAUAACCCGGCCAGGCGAGUGCUUGUUGUACUCCUUUCCUUGCUUUCCAGCAACUAGAAAUUGUCUUGAACACUCAGCUCAAUGUAAUCAUCCUUCCAUGAUAUAAGAAGGAUCUUGCAUAAUAAAAGCUCUUGCUUGGCAUUCCUUUUACGUUCAACACAUUCUUUCAGGACAGAAAUCCACAAUCUCCUGUAACAGCUGUUCUGUUUAUUCCUCUAAUUCCUUCAUCUGCUGCAUGGAACCUUUUAUUAGCCAGUGUUAGGCCCACCUUAAUAUGGAUUAGAAAUUGCUUAUAACAUAACUGUGGAGAAGCAUUAUGGAGAAUCUCAGUGGUUUUAUAGUGUUAUAUGUAGUCUGUUAAUUUUUCUGUGUCUAUGCACCACAUUCAGAGUUGUAAUUAUUCUGAUUUUUAUAGUAAAUAAAAAUUGGAGUUAGUAAUAUUUUUCCCUGCUUUUUGUGGUUUGAUUUCCUCUUUUCUAAGCAAGGCUAAGAUGGAAGAAUUAUACAAAAGCUACAAAUAAGAAAAUAAGAUUUAGAGAUGGCAGAAUGGACUUGCAGAGCUGUCAGAAAUAUUUUGAAAAAUAGUUUUCCUUAAUCUGAUAUACAGAGGUCCUCUUCCAAGUCUCUCAUUUUCCAGCAUAACUCUCUCCCCUACAUUCCUCCCAUGUCGCAGACAGUAUCUACAUGAAAUGUCACAUACAUAAGUUACAAAAAUUCUUUGAAAGCAGCCCUGUGAGUUACAGGCUUCUUUUUUGGCUGAGCCAUAGCAAUGACUAAGCUAUGGGAAAAGCCUCCAUUCAGCUACACUGUAAAGGAAAAUGUGGGUGGGGGGAACCGGGCUUUCAUUCAGCACUUGGGUGUGGAGUGGCAAUGUCGCAAAGAGGAAAGAGGAAGACAGCCUCGUGGGCCAGGGAUGGGAGAUUUCCACUCUGCAGCCAGCCCUCCAGGGCCAGGCAAGCGAUGGUGUGAGAGAGAGUGUCAUUAUUUGACUCAGCAUGUUCCUAAGCCACAAAAGAGAAGUGACGUAUACACAAAGCAUGUUGCUUGCUCUUAUCUGAUAAGAGGGAUAUCAAGGAGUUUUCUCCACUGCCUAGACAUAAAGGAAGUUCUUUGUCCUUAUAUUUCACUUUCUCUGUCAGUGUGCCUUUCUUCAAGCAAUUAUUGUGCCUUUACAGCCUCUAACACAAAACAGAGGACUAUACGGUUUUAGGGAAAUGAUAUGCGAGCACCUGCUACCACAUUACCAAAUACCGGUUGUUUAGCUUCCCAUUCUAUUGGCUCCACCAGCUUUAUAACUGAUUUACUAUAUAAUGGAUUUAAUUGAGCAUUAUUUCAGAUAGAGCCAUCUCACCGGUGUAUCUCCAGCAAACCCAUGGAUUAUCCUGCUGGACCAGUAAAUGAGUGAGGGCUGCCGUAUUUCUGUGAUGCUUCUGGGCAGAAAGUGAUAAUGCUUCACUUACUGCCUGCUGCACAAACCGCCUCUGGUGUUGUGGUACAGACAUUCCUUCACACAGAAGGUUUCAUUGUAAAAUAUGCAGUCAUCUUGACCACCAUCUACCUUUCACAUAAAAAAAUUUCAUCUCUAAUACCAUAAAGUGCCUUUUACGGUGCAGUACCAUACAAAAUCAGCACACACAACCUGCCAGGCCAUCAGCAGGGUUCUCCCUUAGUUUGCAAAUCAUUAAGUAAACCUAAAUGUGAAGGGAUAGCCACUGCCCAACAACACAGCUUUGCUAAACGGAGAACCUUGCAAUGACACAAUCUCCUCAAAACAAAGAGAGAAUUUUAUAACAGUUCUCAUCACACUUGAGCUUGGUUCAGUGAAUUUAAAUCUGAUUUUGUCUACCAUUAUAACUGCUGUCUUUCCUAAAGCAACAGCAUCUCAGGACCAUCCAGGCUAGAAAAAUGCUAAGCCUCACAAUUAUCUCAUUGUUUUUUGUUAUUCAUAUUGUAUCUCCAGAAACAGCAGUAUUUUAAGACCUGAUCACUGCAUUAGAUCCCUAAUUAUUACAAUUUUGGGAAAACACGAAAUACGAAAAUUUAAAUGGCUGUUAGCUACACAGGUAUGAUUCUACUAUAGAGCUGUAGUAUCUUGGUAAACGUGACUGUAAAGGUCAGGGCCAGUAUCUGGAAAUGACUCCCAGAGAUACAGCAAUAUCCAGAAUGCAGCUGUGCAUUACUCUUGUCCAGCAAACCACCAAGGACCAACAAAAACACAACAUUAGUCCAUAGUAGGUGAAGCAUUUCUAGCUGGUACGAUAAAAUAUUAUAGCUACUGCACACUGAGAUGUUGGGACCUCAUCCAGAAUAACAUCUACCAUUUCAGUGAAGAAAGAUGAACUGGAGGUGUGCAGGGCAGAACUGAUGGGAUGACUGGGGAAAGGUACACUAACCAACCUUGUUUUGUCUAGCUCAGGGUCAAAGAAAGUAUGACUGCUCUCUCUAAGCUAAGCAGAUGAGGAAGCAUCGAGCAGGGGAGACAAAUGACUUAGGCUGAAGGACAACAUCAGCAUAAGAACAGAAGAGGCCAAACUAACAGUCAAUGCAUUUAGGCUGGCAACAUGAAAGCUCCUGAGCUAAAUACAGAGAAAUUACACACCAGCCACAGAGGUAAACACAACUGUUAAAAUAAUUAUGAUAUAUUGUCAUGGCAGGGGACAGGAGCUGAUGCCCUCAAUGUUGUCCCUUCAAGUCCUGCACUUCUGAAAAUAUAAGGAGAGCGCUAACCAAAGUUUGUGAGUGGUCCUGAAGUUGCCUCAUCACUGCCGACUCUCUGCAGUAGCAUCUCUGCAUGUGUAAUUGCCAACCAUCUAAUGAGGAUAUGGCUAACAGAGGCAAUCCCACAUCCAAUGGGAAGCUUCCAACCUAUCAGUCACAUACAGCUGCAUAAAAUAAAAGUAGCCAGGGCUAACACUAUCACCUACAGUAGCUGGGUUCAAAGGAACUCCUCAAAAGAAUUCAAAGUUGAACUCCUGACAACAAAAAGCAGCAGCAGGCAUUACCACCAGCCUGCUCCUUUACUAUUAACACUUCUAAUGGCAUAGUCAAAAACUGGACUGAGAAUACAAUGCAUGUUGAUAACCUACAAAUGAUGACGAAGGUUCACUUAUGGUAAAGAGGAGCAGACUUAAGUACAACCUUCUUGUAAAACACUACUAUCAGAAGUCAUUGCUCCAUGGCCUCAGCAGCUUUACACCUUAAAAAAGCUGCUUAAAAAAGCAGCUUUACACCUUAAAAAACACCUUACCCUACAAUGCUUCUCAUGAAUAAGAUGGGGAAAAGGGAGAUAAAUUCAUGGUUUAUCAAACAAAAUGUCUUUAUUGCUUCUGAUUUCCAUUAAUGAACCUUAGCUAUAAACUAACGCAACUUCAGAAUAAAACCUGAGACACCCCCCACUUCACAGUCCAGCUGGGCUGCUUAUCUAAAAUGAUUUCAAAGUACGUCCCUCAAAAGGGACAUACAAAAAAUGAUUGCACUACCUUUUCUUCAAGAAAUUAAAUUUAGACUAUGUGAUAGAAGAAAAUUUUUCUUCUUUCUUGUUUCUGUUCUCAUUCUUCAGGAUUUCUGUUCUAUCAGGUGUGAUUAGCUAUCCCUUUCACCAGGAGAGAUUUUGUGCAUGCAUACUUGAGAGCGUGAGUGCAUUUGUGUAGACACAUAUACACCUAUAAGAAUUAUUCCUUUAAGCUAUCCAGUUUCUUAAAGAUUAUAAAUGGCUUAAGCACAGAAACAGUGUACAGUGAAUAAACAUGCAUAUACAGAAGACAAACUCACCUGAGUAUGCCAGAUAAAUCUCUCACCAGCUGAAAUGAUCAUUUUGACAUGAACAGCCAGAAAUAGGUCAUCCCACUUGACUGCCCAGAUUCACCAGACAGGUAAACACAGAAGCAUUUUACACAAUGCUAGCUUAUUACACUAGCAUUCUAGCUAAAGACAACCUUAAAUUGAAGUCCCAUACACUGUAGAUUUUGUAAGGCAUCGCCACAGCCACAUGGAAUCUCUGGACUUUCAGAGCCCAAGAUUUAGGACUCUUAAGCACCUUUUUAUUCACCUUAGUGAAGGUGUCCAGGUGACUCUAUCUGCCUUCUACUAGCUCUAUAUACAAACCUUUCAAUGGUCAUACCACAGUGUUUACAACCAUUUAUUAGUGAUAAUACGUAACAGCCACUUAAAAGUCAUUUUUCCUCCUUGUGAUGAAAUAUAGGAACAGUGAUUUUGAAAUCAUCUGAUUCCUAGAGGUGGCAGAACAGUAAGUCCCUAGUGCCCACACGGAGCCCUUCUGAGAACAGUGCAGCUCAGAGACAGUGACAAAAAUUGCGCUUGGGCUGGAGGAAACUGAUCUAAAAAAAUUAAAAUAAAUAAAUACAUAAGAGCACAUUUGAGAAGAGUACCUUCAAACACCUUUAACUUUCAUGGAACUCACUGAGAAAGGAGGCAUCUGUGGAAGUCCCCAUAAGAGAGCAUUCCUUACCAGCAUUUGUUGGAAAAAAAUGCUGUCAUUAAUGCAUCAUCUUUCAAGUAAUAAUCUCAAAACUAUUUCCUCAAAAGCAGCCUAUGUACUUAAUUACAAUAGGAAUUAAUUUUGAAGGCAAUCACAGGAGUAUGCCUUAUUUCUUAGAUCAUUCUGAUGGUUUUAUUCUGGCUUUAAAUUUUGUGAAGUAUAUAUUUUCAAUGGAUUUCACACCAAACAAAUGCACUUCUAUAUUUUCAAAAGAGUUCUCUGGUCUCACUAUCACAUCUCCAUUGAAAGGGUUGCAUAAAGUUGCAAAACUAACCUCAAGCCUAACUGUGGCAAACCUAACUGAACAUUUAGCUGCCAUAACCACUGGUCUACUGACAGCACAAAUGGUAACGUCUUGAGGGACUCACCGGGAUUUAGCCCCUGAUCCUCCAGUAUCAUUUCAUCUGGGAAUGGACAUGGUAUGGGGAUUUACCUCUCCCAUGGCAAUGCAUCUCCUUGAGCUCAGACUCCUGCAAAUGCUUUUCACACCCCAACGGACAUACUCUCUAAAAUGCUAUUAAAAUAUCUGGAAUUAGAUUGAAGUAAAUAUAAAGCGCACUUCAGCUUGCUUGAACGCUAAAAUGAGCUUUUACUCACAGCUGUCACAGAAACCAAGCCAAAUGUAAAAGUGGCAGUUCACAGACAUCAGGGGAACAAGCUACACAUCCUUUGGAGCUAUAAAGUAGGAAAAAUACAUUAAAACUGUUUAAAAGAAGUCCUGCCAUAUUUCAUCAGCAUGAAAUGGAGCUUCAGUUGGAUUGGAGAGGUUCACUGCUGCAAGAAGCAGGAAAAAAAUGCAGAAUCUUUGUUUACCUGGGUCUGUGGUUUCUAAGUACCUACUUUUACUACGUUCAUUUCUUGACUCAAAGCGAAAAUGGGAAUUCACCCUUUUCUCUUUUUUUCCUGUCCAAUGUGCAGAUGGGGCACAUUUUCAUUCACUCCAUCAAUCCCUGCCCCCUACGCACAAGCUCACAUACAUACACCUAGCCAGUGGAAAAGAAAAAAAGGUUACUCAUUAAUCCAUUCUACAAAGCUUUCAAACUGAAAUGGGUGGGUUUUACAUCUCCAGCAAGGAGCAAUAUAUAGGUAGCCAUGCAGCAUACCUGAGCAUAGCUCAAGCUCAAGCAUUCAUCUUGGAUAGCACAACUUUGCUCCUAACACAUUUUAAAACAAAACUCAUCAGCAUGGAGGAGGAUGAUUAUUUUCUGUGUGCUCUUCUUCUGUUCCAGUAUGGUUCUGACUGCAACUCCACAAAAAGCAAUGAAAUACAAACAGCUUGUAAAGACAAUUGGUCAGUUAGAAGAUGUAGUGAAAGAUAAGGAUGUUGAAUUGCUGCAUACACCAGAAAACCCUGUGGACGAAUGCCUGUUCACAGCUGUGACCUGCUUCCAGAAUGGCACACUGAAAUUACAGCCAAAGAACAGCCAAGUAAACUCUAAGUUCAUCAAAACAGUUAACAUCUUGAAAAGACCCAUUCUCAAGACUCUGGAAAGUGGCAUGAAUUUCUUUAUAUUUCAGCAGUGUGAGUCUACAUGUGAAUCUUAGAGAAAAAUCCCCAAGGAGUUUUUGAAGAGCUUCUCAAAGUUGAUGAAAAAGGUAAUCAAUCAGAGUUGACUUCUUCUGUUUUUUGAUGUUUUGUAAACAAGAACCAAUGUCUGUAUUUUCCAUUAUCCCUAACGUUGCGUUGUUUUCACAGUUUUUCAAGGAGUAAUACAGGACACAUGAGACCUGAAGGCUACAGAAAAUCUACUAUUUAAGGCAGACACUAUACUAUUUAAGACAACGUGAAAAAUGUAAAUAUUUUCAUUGCUACUGUGCUGUGCUCUGUGUGUGUGGUAAGUGAAAGCUUCUCCCCAGUAUUAAGGAGGCUUAUUUGGAUGGCUAUUCUUAAGACAGAUGCUAUUUUAAAAGUGAUCCAAGCCUCACCUUACAGAGGAAAAUUACAUUGUAAUUUCACAAAAAUAGGUUCACAUAGGGGACUUAACUAUAACCUUAUGCUGAACGAGAAAUACAUGAGAUGGCUGCUAUUCUAUUUUGCAUUCAUCUCGAAUGAACAUCAUACAGAAGUGUCUGAAACUUUUUAAAGAAAAAACAAAACAAAAAAUUAUCAGAGGCUUUGAAGACUCAAGAAGUACUUACUUAGAUUGAUUUCCUUAUUUAAAACAAUACCACACACACAACUAUUUUUAAGUUCAUAGAUUGUAUUUUAGCUAACUAGAGAAAAAUAUCCUGCAUUUAACUCUCACAGAACUACUGGAAAAACAUUUACAGAUUAUACAGUAUGAUAUGGGUCUGACCUGUUUC